CACGCAUCAAACAACAAUGGGAGACCGCGUCCAGUUUGAACCAUGGAGUCACUUGGACGGCAAAAUUGUUUUUGUCACAGGUGCAUCUUCUGGGCUUGGCAGAGAAUUUUGCCUAGACCUCGCCAAGGCCGGUUGCAAGGUCGUGGCAGCCGCCCGUAGACUCGAGCGGCUCAAGUCUCUCUGUGACGAAAUCAACCAACUAUUUCCCUCUCCAAGCACGUCAUCUCCGGUUGAGUUGGAUCCUAAUUCUACUCGAGCUGUGGCGGUUGAGCUUGAUGUCACAGCUGAUGCCUCCACCAUUGAAACGUCCGUACAAAGGGCUUGGAAUGCAUUUGGACAUAUUGACGCUUUGGUUAACAAUGCUGGUGUAAGAGGUUCAAUAAGUUCAUCACUGGAUCUUACUGAAAAUGAAUGGAAUUCUACCGUGAGAACAAACCUGACUGGAGCUUGGCUAGUGUCCAAGUAUGUUGGUAGGCAUAUGCGUGAGGCAUGCAGAGGUGGCUGUAUUGUUAAUGUUUCAUCAAUUUCUGGGCUGAACCGAGCGCAAAUGCGCGGUUCUGUUGCCUAUAGUUCUUCAAAGGCCGGCAUGGACUCCAUGACAAGGAUAAUGGCCCUGGAAUUGGGAGAGAACAAAAUCAGGGUGAACUCAAUAAGCCCUGGACUUUUCAAGUCUGAAUUCACCGAAGAGCUUGUAAAAAAGCGCUGGAUUAAUAAUGUGGCAGAGAGAACAGUCCCAUUAAGAACCUUUGGCACAACAGACCCAGCUUUGACAUCACUUGUUCGGUUCUUAAUUCAUGACUCCUCAAGCUAUGUAUCAGGCAACCAUUUCAUUGUGGAUGCUGGAUAUACUUUACCGGGAGUUCCCAUUUUCUCUUCACUUUGAAUUUUAAUGUAUGGACUCUAGUUUGAUGCUAUUUAAAAGAUUUUCUAUAAAGAAAUAAUUAUGAAAAUCGAAGGAUUACUCGGAUGACAUCUUUUAUUAAGUAGGACUCUGGGAUCAACUGUAUCUUAGGAAGCUCAUGAAUAAGUGAGAGUGUAUUAGGAUGCCAAAAAAAAAAAAAAAAAGAUACACAGCAUAUCCAUAUGUAUUUUAAACAA